UUAGUCGAGAUGUCAUUUCUAGGCCUGGAAGGAUAUCACGUUUUUAUCACGGGGGCAGCUGGUGGGAUUGGAGGCCAAGCUGUGAAAGAGUUUCUCAGUCAGGGCUGUAAAGUAACAGCUCAUGAUCUCCGGCCCAUUACCAACCUUCCGUCUUCGCCAAACCUCUUCACGGUGACAGGCAAUAUUUCCUCAGAGGACUCCAUAAAGUCAUGCAUCGCACAAGCCAAACAACACCACGGGCCUAUCAAUAUUUUGAUUGCAAAUGCGGGUAUCACGGAUGAGUCCAACUCAUAUGCUAUCUGGGAGAUCCCCCUUGAACUGUGGGAAAAGACUUAUAAUACCAACAUUCGUGGAACAUUCUUAACAAUUAAACACUUUCUCCUCAGUGCUGCAGAAUCACAGGCCUCAAAUAACGGCCAAGAACUGGAGAAUCUCGCCAUUGUAGUCACGGGAUCUGAAACUGGCAAGUUUGGCCAAGCCGGACACACCGAGUACGCAAGUGGUAAAGCAGGUCUUCAGUACGGUCUCGUCCGAGGCGUAAAGAACGAGAUCGUACGUCUCAAUAGCAAAGCACGCAUUAAUGCUGUAGCACCAGGGUGGGUGGAUACACCACUGAUUGAAGGACGACUUGAUGAUCCUCAGGAGAUGUGGGUUGAAGCCCAGGCCACAGUCCCUCUACGCAAGAUUGCUCAACCCGAGGAUGUUGCUCGUGCAAUGGCAUUCCUCGCAAGUCAUCGUGCAGCAGGCCAUAUUUCUGGAGAGUGUAUAAGCGUAGAUGGCGGAAUGGAGGGACGAGUAGUCUGGAAAGCCGAAGAAGUUGUCAAGGCAGCGGACUCUUCACCUGCAGUCACAAUCGCGGAGAAAGCGCAUUCUCUCCCUCCUACAGCUGUCAUCCACCCUGCAUUGUCUUCACCACGUAGACGAAAAAUCCAGAUCCUGUUGGGCAUUGACUUCGACGCCGUAUCUGGAUUCUUGGGCACAGGAGCCCAUGAGAACAAUAAUAUGGCUGACUAUUCCUCUGGUUUCUUCGCUGCCCAGGUCGGGGUCCCGCGUCUUCUGAAGCUCUUCAAAAAGCACAAAAUUGCAUCCCAGGUGACUUGGUUCAUCCCCGGGCAUUCAAUGGAAACAUUCCCUACCCAAACAAAAAUGAUCUUGGAGAGUGGUGCCGAGAUCGCCUGCCAUGGAUAUGCUCAUGAAGGCAGUACGCAGAUGACCGAGGAACAAGAAAAGGAGAUGAUCGAGAAGUGCGUACAGCUAGCCACGGCCCUAACAGGCAAGAAACCAAGGGGAUGGAGAGCGCCAUUAUACCAGCUCAGAGAGCAUACCGUGAAGCUAUUGGAGGAGCAUGGAUUCCUAUAUGAUUCGUCCCUAACACACCACGAUUCAAAGCCUUACUUCAUCCCUCACGCACCACCCAUCAAACCCAUCGAUUUCUCGCACCACCUCUCCGCCAGCACCUGGAUGAAACCACUUCCCAGCCCCUCUCCCCCAACAUCCAAGACCUUAGUCGAGAUGCCCUGCAACUGGUACAUGGAAGACAUGACACCAAUGCAGUUCCUCCCCGCAGCGCCUAAUUCCCAUGGCUACGUCUCCACGGGGUCGAUUAUGGAUAUGUGGAAGGAGAGAUUCGAAUUCCUCUACCAUGAACACGAUGAUGAUGAUGAUGGCGAAGGUGCAGGAAAAGGCGACUUCAUCUUCCCGCUGGUGCUACAUCCUGAUACUUCGGGUAUGGCCCAUGUCAUUGGCAUGAUUGAUCGGAUGAUUUCGUGGCUGAAGAGUCGAGGCGAGGAGGUACAGUUCUGCAAGUAUGAGGAUGUGGCGAGGGAGUGGAAAGCACAACAGAAAAUUUGAAGGAAAUCGGAGUCUUUCCGAAACUCAUGUGGUGCGUCUUGUGAGGAAGCAUAUAUGAGAGGAAGCGGCUGUUGUAUCAGCUCUUGCAAACGAUAGAACAAGUUAAUUGUUACGACUGCGCGUGGUAUGUGUAUCAGGGGCAACAUGGCAUUGAUGAAGAAACCUUCAUAUUGACCGAUUAGAGCGCUAUGUUCGAUACUCGACCCCGGCGCUUUAGAUAGCCGGUACACACUUUCCUUUCCCCAACUACGCCAUGCGAAAAUAAGGGAAAAAAGAAGGCCUAUCCCAGUCUUCGGCCGACGGGAAUCACUGGCCUUUGGGGUAUCAUACACAUACAGGCACCAUUGAGACCCUGUCUCCAUCCUCAUGUCAGACCAAAUAACGCCUAUGAUAGAUACUCAUGCCUGCCUUUACCGUUGCUCGACCCAAAUGUCAUAGGUCCACUCGUCACAUGGUUG